AUGCUUGCCGAAAAGGUUUUCUUCGUCGUGUUCGUUCUGCUGGGGGGGAAUAGCAUAGGCAAUUCUGAAGAUAGCGACAUGAAGCUCGCCCAGGCCCAGAACCAUUUUGCCCUCAAGCUUCUCAAGGAACUGUGCACCAAACACCAGGAAUCGAACAUCUUCUUCUCUCCGACCAGCAUCUUCGUCGCACUCGCAAUGGUCUACGCCGGCGCCAGGGGCAAGUCCGAAAUGGAACUUUCCGCUGCUCUCGGCCACACCGCAGCGGGACUGUCCACCAGAAAAUCUAUACUGGAUUCUUACAAAAAGAUUCUGACAGAACAGCAGACUGAUGACAAUGUAAGCUUGAUGAUAGCCAAUGCAGUCUUUGUGCAGAAGAACCUGAAAGUCCUCGAAAGUUACCAGAAGGAGCUCGCUGACACCUUUGCGGCAAUGUUCCGGUCGGUGGACGUUGGGGCGGAAAACUUUGCCAUGGAAUCUGAGAUUAACGAGUGGGUAAAGAACAAGACCAGAGGCAAGAUCUCGGGCUUCAAAAUUCCCUCCGACACCGUAGUGGCGCUGCUCAAUGCCAUUUACUUUAAGGGGAUAUGGAAGACCCCUUUCGAACCCAAAUAUACAUCCCCCCUUCCUUUUUACAACAAAGGAUCUGAAGAGGUUAAGGUAGAAACCAUGACGAGAACCAGUAUGGUACCGAUCACCUUUGAACCCGACUUUGAAGCCAUAGAACUGUCUUACAAAGGGGACGGACACUGCAUGGUAAUAAUACUUCCACGUAAUCAUACUUCCAAGGCACUUGCCGAACUCCGGGACUCCAUGACUCUCGAGAGCAUAGAAAAAAUUAAGGAAAGUUUGAAAAGAGAGUCUGUCACAAUUCAGCUUCCUAAGUUCCACUUGAAAACGGAGUACGGUCUCAUCCCUGCCUUGAAGAAAUUGGGUGUGCGUUCAAUCUUCUCUGACGCCGAUCUGUCGGGAAUCACUGGCGACGGAGGGCUGAGGGUAACCGACGUCCAGCACAAGGCAGCUAUCGAGGUCAACGAAGAAGGCACGGUUGCUGGCGCAGCAACAGAUGUGGUACUUGGAAGAAUUCUUCCAACACGCUUCUUCGUGAAUAGACCUUUCCUUUUCUACAUCCGCGAGAAGGCAACCGGCCGUGUGCUAUUUUUGGGAGAAGUGCACGAACUCCCAGCCGCUAAGGUGAAACCUGCCCUUCUCGUCUAG